CGAGCUAUCCCGUCGGGCACCGUACCCCAGGCAGGGCCCAGGCCAAGGGUCCAGGAUGCUGAACGUCCCUUCCCAGUCUUUACCGGGCUCCAAGCAGCAGCGCGUCUCCUCCAGGGGGUGUAGCAAAGUCCCUCUGAAACAGGGCAGAAGUCUUAUGGAUUGGAUUCGACUGACCAAAAGUGGAAAGGACCUAACAGGAUUAAAAGGAAGAUUAAUUGAAGUAACUGAAGAAGAACUGAAAAAACACAACAAAAAAGAUGAUUGUUGGAUAUGCAUAAGAGGCUUUGUUUAUAACGUCAGCCCGUAUAUGGAGUGUCAUCCUGGUGGAGAAGAGGAACUUAUGAGAGCAGCAGGAUCAGAUGGUACUGACCUUUUUGAUCAGGCCUGCAAGAUGGUUCAUCGUUGGGUCAACUAUGAAUCCAUGCUGAAAGAAUGCCUGGUUGGCAGGAUGGCCGUUAAACCUGCUUUUCCUAAAGACUAUCAUGAGGAAAAGAAACUCUUAAACGGCAUGCUUCCCAAGAGCCAAGUGACAGAUCCACUUGCCAGAGAAGGACCUAGUUCUCCAAGCUAUGACUGGUUCCAAAGAGACGCUUUAGUCACCAUUGUCAUAUAUACUAAACAGAAGGAUAUCAAUUUAGACUCAGUAAUAGCUGAUCACCGGGAUGAUUCCUUUAAAGCAGAAACAGUUAUCAAGGAUUAUUCAUAUCUUAUACAUAUUGCCCUAAGUCAUGAGAUUCAGGAAGAUUUUUCUGUGAGAGUUGUUGAGAAUGUGGGAAAAAUAGAGAUUGUCCUGAAGAAAAAAGAGAAUACUUCUUGGAAAUGCCUUGGUCAUCCCCUGGAGAAUCAUAAUUCACUUAUUCCAAAGAAAGAUACAGGUACUGAAAUUGUGAAGCCAUAUACACCUGUAUCUGAUUCCUUAUUCUCAGAGUUCAAGGAACCAGUUCUUCCCAACAAUAAAUACAUCUACUUUUUGAUCAAAAUCUACCCUGCUGGACUCUUCACACCAGAGCUUGAUCAUCUUCAGAUUGGAGAUUAUGUUUCUGUAAGCAAUCCCGAGGGCAAUUUUAAAAUAUCCCAGUUCCAAGAAUUGGAAGAUCUCUUUUUAUUGGCAGCGGGAACAGGCUUCACACCAAUGGUUAAAGUACUGAGUUAUGCUUUGACUAAUAUACCCAGUCUCAGGAAAGUGAAGCUGAUGUUCUUCAAUAAAACAGAGGAUCACAUAAUUUGGAGAAGCCAAUUGGAGAAAUUAGCAUUUAAGGAUAAAAGAUUUGACCUUGAAUUUGUUCUCUCAGCACCUACUUCUGAAUGGAAUGGCAAACGGGGAUACGUUUCACCAGCUCUGCUUUCUGAAUUUUUGAAAAGAAGUUUAGACAUGUCCAAAGUCCUCAUCUGCAUUUGUGGACCAAUGCCAUUUACAGAACAAGGAAUGAAGUUGCUGCAUGAUUUGAACUUUUCCAAAGAUGAGAUCCAUAGUUUUACAGCAUAAUGAAGAGGUGUCAUUCAACUGUUUUAGCUAAAUUUGUGAUUACUUAGGGUUUUUUAAAAGAACAUUUUUGUAUAUAGGUUAACUGGAAUCCAGGUUUUAGUUUCUUAAAUGAAAUCAAAUGUUUCUUCACUAUAGAUACCUUGUUGACUUUAUUUUGUACCAUAACUUAUUUUACUACUGAUAUUUGUCCUGGAAGGUCAAUCAUGGCAACAAGUAUAUACAGGAUUCUUUGUUAUGAAUCACAAAGUUCCUUACCAUUUAAACUGUAUCACUGUUCUACAAUAAGCUUUUGUGUUUUAUGACAUGAUAAAGCAAAUGAUCAUUUUGAUCACAUUUCUGUGCUGUAAGAUGUCUGAUUAGCAAUACAGAUUAAAUUUUACAUUGCACUGUAAACUCAGGAAAUGAUCAUUUAU